AUUUUCCCUCUUCUCCCAAUAAUCCACUUAAAGAACACUUCGGGAAAUUUGGGAAGUUCCGGUAGUCGCUUUGACAUUCGCUAUCAAUUUCGCAUUGUACUAUUCCUUCCGUGGCCGGUCUUUCCCAACACGCGGCUCGAGAUAUCGAUAUGUCUGACAGCGAAGUUGAUGGAACCAGCUCGGCUGGUAGCAUCAUGGAGGAUGCAUCCGAGCCUGACACCACCAGCUUCAAGUGCCUAUUUUGCGAGACUGAAUAUUCCGCGGUCGCUACAAUGUUUGCGCACUGUGCGGGCGAUCACAAGUUCCCCAUAAGAGAGACGGUGAAGGACAUCGGAUCGCGACUACAAGAGAUUGGUGUCAUCAAGUUGAUCAACUUUCUGAGGAAACAGGCGCAGGACGGAGUGGACCCAGCAUCACUCACAGUAACCGCAGAUGCCCUUGCAGAUGAUCGGUACAUGGCACCAACCCUCCCCGAUGAUCCUUUGCUUUGGGAACUUGGAGAAGUAAUGCCUGAGUCAGAGGAGAAGGCAAGAGAUUAUGAAGAGUACGAGGCUGCUCUGAUGAAGAAUAUCCCGGAUGAAAUCGAGAAAAUUGACUCAAAUAACGACCGUGAUGACCGAUAUUUUGAAUCCUACAAGGGAAACGCUAUCCACCGCGAGAUGAUUGAAGAUCGUGUUCGAACAGAGUCCUAUCGCGAUUUCAUUCUGAACCAUUCAGAACUUUUCAAUGGAAAGAUUGUCCUAGAUGUUGGGUGCGGUACAGGCAUCCUCUCGCUAUUUUGUGCGCAGGCCGGGGCAAAGAAGGUUUUCGCGGUCGAUAACUCGGAUAUUGCGCAGCGAGCAAGAGAAAACGUCAAGAACAACGGCUAUGAGCACACGAUACAGGUCAUUCAAGGACGGGUGGAAGACUUCCAAACGCAAAGAACGAUAGGGAAUGCCAAAGUCGACAUCAUCGUCUCAGAGUGGAUGGGUUAUGGGCUGCUCUUCGAAGGCAUGCUAGACUCUGUGCUCCGCGCGCGCGACCUCUACCUCAAGCCCGAUGGGCUUAUGGUCCCCAGUCACUGCACAUUGAAGAUUGCACCCAUCUCAGACCGCGAAUGGAUAUCUGAGAGCACCGGCGAGACAUUCUGGAAGGAUGUGUACGGGUUUGAUUUCUCCGCCAUGAUACCCGGCAGCAACCUCAACCUGCGCGAGAUCGGCGUUUUUGAUGUCCCGCCCAAGGCCAUCUGUGGGGAGGCUGCUACAUUCUACGAAAUUGAUAUUGCGAGGGUCAAGGUUGAAGAGUUGGAUUUCACCGCGUCAUUCGAGGUUACGCUGGCGAAAUAUGUCAAGGCACUGGACGCUUUUGCCAUCUGGUUCGACACUUUCUUCCUCCCUCACAACCAGCCAAGAGAUCUCAAGAACGCGGAUGCGGCAUACUGGAAGGAUGAAGGAGGUGAGGGUGUGGCGUUCUCAACAGGGCCCUCGGUUACACCGACGCACUGGCACCAAGCUGUAUUACUAUUGGCGGAUGAGGACCGGAAGACGCAUCUGAAGGCUGGUAGCACGCUGAAGGGUACUGUAACGUACAAAAAGAGAAGGAGAGAUGCGAGAGGGGUCGACGUUACAAUCCGUUGGGAGGGGGAGGGGGUGGAUGGACCUGUCUCUGGGAUUGUGUCGAGAACCAUGGAAUAGUACAGAGUACCUGUAGUCAGAUAUAAAAGUUGAGAUAGCGUUG